GUAUUUUAGAAAAUAUGUACUUAUUAUCCCAAAAAUAGUUUUGAAAAGUUUAUAACUUUAUGAACAGUGCACAAAUGUGAUUUGUUAACAAACUUCAAUGACUUCUCCCGGUUGAAAGUGAAAAUAGAAAUGGAUGCUGUUUUGAAAUAUGACAGGAACGAAGAGGACGAUUUGUACAAUAUUCUUGGAUGUAGCGAACAUUCUACGACUGAACAAAUUCUGGUAGAAUACAAAACAAGAGUUCUAGAUCACCAUCCAGACAAAAAUCCAGAUGAUCCAAAGGCAGCACAGAGAUUUGCAAGACUGGCACAAGCAAAAGAUAUUUUAACUGAUCCUGACAAAAGACAAGCUUAUGACACAUGGAGAAACUCUGGAAUCACAGUUCCAUAUGAAAAAUGGCAGGCACUUCGUGAUGCAACAAAGACAACAUUGCACUGGGCAUCAGUUAAACCCCAGCCAACAAUUCAAUCUCAGGAGUACAGGACAAAUAUGGAAUACUCCUCUUCUUCAGACAACACAGAUUUCUCUGCAUUUGGAUCAUCAGAGCCUAUUUCACAUGCUGCUGUAUACGACAACUGCGACACACUUCACCCGUGCCAAACAGGGUGUCUUCAAUCAGGGGAGAUGUCAGAGUCGAAAAUUUUUCCUGUAAUGGCUGUAUUGAAUGCUUGUCUGGUCGAGGUUUUGCAGUUUAUAGAAAUCGGGAAUCUAAUAUCUGGUUGGAUAUAUUGCGUGCACAAUUCAAAAUUUAUCGAUGAUCAUAUACAAACUUGGAUAUACAAAUAAGGGAAUAAUGAUCGAAAUAUACACCUGUGUGAAAAUGCAGGUAUUACAUUUGCAAUCCAUAAUAAACAGUUGAUUACACAAAGACACAUAUAAAAGGAAAUGUAUAAACGAAAAUAUAGUUUUGUUGUCUCUUUUGGAACCACAUAAUUAUUUACGGUCUCUGUAUGUCCAUAUUCAUUGAUUGAACAGGAGAGAGAGAGAGAGAGAGAGAGAGAGAGAGAGAGAGAGAGAGCACAUAACAAUAUCUUUAAGUAUCAUUUCAUUCGGAUUUAAACUUUCUGAGUUAUCAUCUGGAAACCAAAUUUUUCUAAAAUUUUCAUUCUAUUUUUGGUCACCGUGACCUUGACCUUUGACCAUUUUUCUCCAAAAUUAAUAGGGGUCUUCCUUACCUGGUACCCAACAAUAUAUCAAAGUUUCAUUUGAUUAGAUUGUAAACUUUUCGAGUUAUCAUCCGGAAACCAAUUCUUGCUGCCCGCAUCACCAAACCAAUAGCCGAGUUCAACUUCGUUGCAACUCGGCUAAAAAUACAUUAGUUUGAACUGCGCAUGUAAAAAAUACUGACUUUGUAUGUUAGAAUAACGGAAAAAAAGUAAAUUUCAAAAAAGUGGGGAAAGCAGACCAGCCUUCCUGCCCACCCAACCCCUGUAUACGUGCCUGAUACAACAUAUCAAUUUGUGUUAAAAGAAAGGUGCAUAUCUGCAUUUCAUUAAAUUCCAAAGGAGCUCGAAUUUAUGUGUUCCCCUAUUAAUUAUUUUGUAUGCAAGAUUCGUUCCUGAAUUUAGAAUCAUGCUUUCAGUCAGAGCAGAAAUGAAUUCAUUUUGAAGUACAUCUAGUUUGAAUGCAAAUGUUGGGUUCCUUCUUUUAAUUUCAUCAGACUCAUUAGAACCCCCUCACCCAAACUAUGCAGUUAUGUUUUUAUUGAUAUCUAAAUCAGUAUAAAUGAAUCCGGAUAUAAAUUAUAUAAUGUUUUUUCGUGAUCAUAUGGAUACUGAUACUAAUAAUAAAAAAAAGAAAAUGUUUAUACUCUUGCCUUUUGUAUAUCCUACUAAUGCAUUACAGUAUAUUUGUAUUGUAUCAUAUCAAAUAAAACCUCAACACGAAUUUUACUGAUUUAUUAAUACUAAAAUCUUAUCGUACAGCGGUAUGGCCAUUGCGCCAGAUCUACAAAAUGAAAAUAUUUAUGAAUAAAUUACACUCAAGCCUGAAAGUAAUCAUUAUGGCAUGUUACAGAAACGUUAAAACACACAUAUGCUAUAGUCCUGCAAUGCAUGCAUGCGAUUUUUCUGAAUACAUGUAUUUAUGUAUUCGUGAAUGAAGUUCCUACGCUUGAAAAUAUCUUGGUCUUUAUGCAUUUUGUAUUGUGAUUUUGGUUUACCAUUCCUUACACUGUGUAAAUGAAGGAAAACUUGGUAAAGGGUACAAUUCUACACCAUACAAUUAGUCAACAUGCAUGUGUUGCAAAGCAAAAUGUACAUGUAAUAACCAGACAUGUAUCGUCAUUUUUCGGGGGGGUGGGGGUGUUGUUACAACAGGGGGAUUCUUCAAAAUUUCUUGCCAUUCAAAAUAAUAAUCAAAAAAGACGAACGAAAACAGCAAUAAAAUAAAAUAAAACACCCAAACAAACCAAGAUGUUUUGUCUGAUGUUCAAAGUCCUAAUGUGGGGGUGAAGGGUUAAAGAGCCUUUUACUCUGACUGCCUCAUUAAUUUCCCCCUGCAAUUCAUUUUCUUCAAUUGUUGGGGGUGGGAUGGGGUGGUUAGAGUCCUCUACUAUGAGGGCCUCAUAAUACCUUCAUUUUCUUAAAUGUCAAGUACGGUGAUUUUCCUAAAACUUGAGUUUUAUACAGAAAAAUGUCUGUCGUACACUUAUGGAUUAAUUUCCAU